AUGGCAGAGGCGGUGGUGUUGCUGGAUCUGUGGGUGAGUCCUUUCGGGCAGCGUUGCCGGAUCGCGCUGGCGGAGAAGGGGGUGGUGUACGAGUACAAGGAGCAGGACUUGAGCAACAAGAGCCCGCUGCUGCUGCAAGCCAACCCCACCCACAAGAAGAUCCCUGUCCUCAUCCACGACGGCAAGCCAGUGUGCGAAUCGCUCAUCAUCGUGCAGUACAUCGACGAGGUGUGGUCCGAUGGUGCACCGCUUCUGCCGGCGGACCCCUACGCCUGCGCCCAGGCGCGCUUCUGGGGCGACUUCAUUGACAAAAAGGUAUUGCUAUGCCCGCCACCUAUUUGAUUAUUGGUUGUAUAGAAUAAGCCUAGUUUUACCUUGCUAAUUCGACUGGGUCACCGUACGUUAGACUCGAUAGCAGAGGAGGUAGCUGCUAAGGAGGCUCUAAGCUUCUAA